AUGAGCCAUGUUGUUUGGAAAUCGUACAUAAAAGACACAUUUGAUAGAAACUGGAACGAUUUUCUCACAAAGUACGGCCUCGAAGGCAACAAGUGGCUGUCAGAGCUGUACGAGGAUCGGCAUAUAUGGAUUCCAGUUUACUUGGAUCACCACUUCUGGGCCGGGAUGAGAAACACACAAAGGAGCGAGAGCAUGCAUUCAUUUUUCAACAAGUUCAUUACACGCAACAGCUUUUUGAGACAAUUCGUGAAGCACUAUGACAAUUGCCUAGCAAGCAGAGAGCAAAGAGAGAGAGAAUUUGAUGCUGCAGAUUUUCACACCAUGAUACCUUACGCAACAAAAUCAGUAAUAGAGGUAGAGUUUCAGCAUGUCUAUACCCAUGAGAAGUUCAGGAAAGUUCAAGCUCAAUUCAGAGGUAAAGUGAACUGUAUCACAAGAUCAAUGCAUUCCACCCUAGGUUUCACAACAUACAAAGUCGUAGAGCAGGUUGCUGACUCCACAUUCAACAAGUUUGUCAUCACCUACGACGCAGUAUCACGAGAGGUAAAGUACCAAUGCUUACUGUUUGAGUCAAGGGGCAUAUUGUGCCGCCAUUCCCUAAGCGUACUAAGCUUUGAACGAGUGGAUAACGGGGCACCGAAAUACAUACCGGAACAUUGGAGCAAGAACAUAAAGAGGAGGCACACACACAUCAAGAGCAGCCAAGAUGAGCCUCUACUGGAGCUGAGAAGUAAAAGAUUCGACGAAUUGGUGUUUCGGUCACACAAUAUAUACGAAUUUGCAUCCAAGUCUGAUGAGUUGACCAGAAUUCUGCACUGGAAAUUUGACAAGGUCAUGGCUGAGAUGCAAGAAUAUCAAGAGAGAAGCAAAGGAAAAAGUUUGUUAUACCACGAAGAAGCAACAUUGAGCGAUGUGAACGACCUUCAAAGCCCGCCACGCAUCAAAACAAGAGGCCGGCUCAAGAACAAACUUGGAUUAAACUUUGAAAAAAAAGAUCUCAAAUGCCAUGAAGAAAAAGAAAAAGACAGCUCCAAGCGAAGUAAAAUUGACUUGCUUUUGAUUAGGUAA